AUGAAAAUGGCUAUCUUUUUGAGCGAGUCAAAGCUAUUCCGCAGGAGCUUUCCCAAAGGCAAAGUGCAAUGCUCCACGACAAUCUCAGAGGCAGCUCCAUGCAGCGGAGCUUCAUCGCGACCCAAGUCAACUCAAGCUCGCGAUUCAGAAGAGAAAACAGCAGUGGGAGACUCCUCUUCUAGCGAUCUUCUUCAAAAUAGCAGCUCCCCAAGCUCCGAGCUGGGUGAGGCCCGACUGGACGACUCGGCAGUUAUCGCACCAUGCGAUUACAUCCGAAUGCUCCCUUCCAAGAACGUCCGCUCAAAAGUCAUCCAAGCUUGCAACUUGUGGUUCAAGCUGCCUGAGCAUCUCACCACCGUCAUUGACGACAUUAUCUCGGACCUCCACAACGCGUCCUUGAUCCUCGACGAUAUUCAGGAUGAUUCUUUGCUACGCCGGGGCAGUCCGGCGACUCACUGUGUCUUUGGAAAUGCACAGGCGAUCAAUAGUGCCACUUUCAUGAUUAUGAACACAUGUUGGAAAUUGCAGCGUCUCCAGCACUCAGACACAUUGGCAAUGGAUGCCUUGCUGAAGGGAACGAUCGACUUGUUCGUGGGUCAGAGCUGGGACUUGAAAUGGAAAUUUCAUCUCCGUUGUCCGUCCGCGGAGGAAUAUAUGGCCAUGGUGGAUGGCAAGACAGGCGCAAUGCUCAAGAUGCUCGUUCAUCUGAUGCACGGUAUGUCUGAUCAGCGUCAAGACGACAGUAUCAUUGCCCUUUUCGAUCGGUUUGUCGUUCUACUCGGCCGCUUUUAUCAGCUACGUGACGACUACCAAAACCUCCAAGACGACACGUACUCGGAGAAGAAGGGGUUCUGCGAGGAUCUGGAUGAGGGAAAGUUUUCAUAUCCCAUUAUAGCGUGCUGCGACUCCGAUCCCACCGCGAGGGAUAUCAUCCUGGGUAUCUUUCGGGAAAAGCGGAAUCCCGCUGUUGGUGCGCUGUCCAGAAACACCAAGAUUUACAUGUUGAGUCUGAUCGAGCGUUCGGGCGCUUUUGAGGCUUCGUGGGACUUGCUGCAAAGCUUGAGCAAGGACACUAGUGAGGCGCUUUCAGCACUGGAGGAAGCUACUGGGCAGUCGAACCCUGCGUUGCGAGCAAUGAUCAAAAUGUUGAUAGACACAGUACAGCAACCCAAGCGACGAUGA